CAGAGAUAGACAAGAGAGAGGAGGGAGAGAUAGCAGGGGAGGAAUGGAGAAGAGGAGGCAGCUUUAAGAACCUGUUUCUGCGGCCUUUUAGCACCGAGCAGACUGUAACUGGGAUGAGUGGCCUGGUAAGCUGGGCUUUGACUUUCUGAUAGCCGAGCUUAACAUGGUUAUGUAAAGACUAAAAAGCAAAAAAAAGGAGAAAUUACACUUGUUGCUGCCACUGACAAUCGGCGUCAUAUCAAAGUGCUUGAUGGCUGUUAAACAGGCCGUGCUCCCUUCCUUCAGCUCCUUCUCCAACCUCGCUCAAUCCAGUGACAAUAUGAAAGUGUGGAAGUCUGAGAGUGACUCUCUCCCUCUGGACACUCUCAGCAACAAACUGUCACCAAGCAGCUCUGAGCAGCUGCAGGUCUCUCAGCAGAUGACAGAGGAGCUCCUGGAUGAUGACAGCCGGGCAUCCUGGGACAUUGAGUUCCUGCUGUCUGAUUGGAGUAGCCCAUCGCCUGACCUCAACCCCUCUCUGGACAACAAUGAUCAACGGCUUCCACAGUUAGACCCAAGCACGGCGUACCAAGAGGCGGCCAUGUUUAAGGACCAACCCGGACAGGAGCAUCUGCAGAUGAACACUGGCCACCUCAUGGCGGAGCUCCUGUCACCUACUGAAACCACAACGCCAGUCCAGCCAGAGCUGUACCACCAUGGUUAUAAUGACGACCAAACAGGUCGUACUUCGUUUCCCAGUCUACCUAAUGUAGAUCAGUUUGGCUUCCCUCAAGGAGGCAGUGUGGAGAGGCACAGCAGAGGAAACCUCACUAAGGUCUCAUCGUGGGACUUUAACCCUUACUAUCCCCAGCCACACCACUCGAUGGUGACCUUUCCUAACAGCAGGUUCAUACCACCUCAAGCUGUGACCCCUGACCGUCGACACUACAGCUACAUGCCACACUUUAACCACAACGCCAACCGUUUCUGUGAAUACAGCCACAGCCAGACCACUAGUCAUCUGCCUCUUCACCAGCAGGCCCUGCUGGUUGUGCCACAGCUGCCUCCUGGUGGGGUGGAGGGGAAGCGUGGUCGAAGGGCGACCGGGAAAAAGAGGCCCGCCAUCCACAGGUGUGAAUACCCUGGCUGCAGCAAGACCUACACCAAGAGCUCACACCUUAAGGCUCACCAUCGCACUCACACAGGGGAAAAGCCUUACCACUGUUCAUGGGAAGGAUGCAGCUGGAAAUUUGCCCGUUCAGAUGAGCUGACGCGUCACUACCGCAAGCACACGGGCCAAAAACCCUACGAGUGUCUGCUGUGUCAGAGGGCCUUCUCCCGCUCCGACCACCUGGCCCUGCACAUGAAAAGACACACCUGAUGCCCACACACAUAUACAUAUACACAAACCACUGCCAUUUAAACCAAGACAUUAAAAGGUAGAAGACUUGAUUUGGAUGUUCUUUGAAGUUUGAAUUUAAGACCCAAAUCAGUGCACUGAACAGUUGAAUUUGGGACUCAGUGACCUCAGAUAUUAACUCAACAUGUUCCCAGUAUUAACCGUAAAAUAUGCACUUGAUUAUCUGGCUGGUUAAAGGGGAACGACGAAUAUUUUUAAAACAUUGAUAUUAUUCUGGAGGCGAUAUACAUGUUGGAAAAAAAUACUGUAACUUACUCAUGUAUGCGCAUAUUGCAAAGGCACGCCGGGAAACCACAAGGUGGCAGCGUCAUCACGGUAAAGGGAAGCUGUAUCAUACCUUUCUGACUUCUUUCGUUUUCCAGUGGUUGUAGAUUAUGCAAGUGCUGUCGACUGGAGCAGAGAAAUCCACUGGAGCGAGGAGAUCCAUGACAGGAAAACGAAAUAAGUCAGAACGGUAUGACACAGUUUCCCUGUCUUUAAAGUGUUUAUUGUUAAAAUGAAACAGAUUCAGAAAGUGACAGCAUGUUUAUUCAUAUUGUAAAUGUUGUCGAAAUUCUAUACUGCAUUCAUAUCGCCACUGACAGGCAGUUGCGUUUUACAGAGAUGACGCUGCCACCUUGUGGUUUCCCGGUGCGACCUCGCAAUAUGCAAGUACAUGAGCAGAUUGCAGUAUUUUUUCCAUCAUGUUAUAUAUAUAUAUAUAAUUUUCAGACCCGACUGAUACUGACUCAAGUGACAUCACUUGGGGCAAUUUAUCAGACCUCACACAGUUCCCUCUGAAGCCACACAAGGCUUUAUAUGACUUUUUUCACAUAUGCAGUAGUACUCCCAAGACCUGUAAACACACGUGGAUGUGUGUGUUCCCCUUUAGGUUCCAGUUUAAAUUACAUGAUCUCAAACUGAUUACGUGAACAUCAUUAAGACAUAACAAUGGUGAUUCAGACUUUAACAGUGAGGUGUUGGGACUUGACUAAGAUGUUAGAGUGGGUUAAUCUGUCUGUGUCCAACCGUAACACACACACACACACACACACACACGGACAGAGGACCAGUACAACUCACACAGUCAUAAUGUAAAGUUAGCAUGCUUUCAGCAAUAAGUGCCACUUAGACAAACACUGUACACACUGUGGGCAUGUACACAGCAAACACUAACACUAACAAAAGACCUACCAAAGAAUGUGUGUAAUGCAGGUUAUAAUACAAUACACAGUAGUAUAUCCUGUUGGAUCUCAUGGCACGCUGAACAAAGUCAUGCAUGCUUAGUAACAAUGCUUAGUUGUAUCAGUGCUGAGAUGAUCUGAUAGCUUUGUUUGAUUUCUUUUAGAACUUUAGUUGAUUGUAAUAUUGAUUGUAAUACAAACAAACAAACCAUAUAGUAUAUGUUAGUCUGCGUGAUUAUACAGUGAAUGCGGGGUUAUGCAUUUUUGUCCUUUUUUUCCCUUUUAUUGUCCUGCAUUUUUGUCACCUAACUAUAUAUCUGUCUGUUUGGGGAUUUUUAAUUUAAGAAAAACAUUUAUGCUUUUGUCUCUUCCAUCAGGCAGAUUUUCAAACUGUAAAUAAUCAGCAUCUUUCUCAGUUGUUUAUUAUCGUCUAAAAAUGUGAGCAACAUAUUUAUUUACAUAAUCUUUUAUUAACAGAAGAUAGGCUACUAUAUUAUUGUACAGUGAUUUUUUAUAUUCUCAAAAGAGUGCUUUUAAAGUGUUUUAAUUAUUGUUUUCAUUGUCAUAAUUCUAAUAAAGACCUCUAAUGCUGUAAAACUGUCUUUGAGUGUGACAUGAUAUAUUAAGGCAGCUGAUCUUAACAAUUAUAUUACCUUGAUUUAAUUAACUCAACAUUUUAAGUGCUUUACUGGAAGAUAAAUCUGUCCUGCAUAAAGCACAAUAAAAUACAUCUGGAACAUGAUUAGAGCUUAAACCAGAGGUCUUAAAAGUAGGAGGUGGGCCUCCCCAGGAGGGCUGCAAACUGUUUCAGGGGAGGCUCAGAGUAUGGAAGUGAAAACCAUAACAUUAGUUAUUAAAAGAAGAUUAGAGUAGACUAAAUGUUUGUGAUUUAGUUAAAGAGAUAGUUCAGAGAUACAGUAGUGUAGGGGAAUGUUACUGUUUUACCCACUUUCCCAGAGUCAGAAAUAAGGAUGCACCGAUACCACAUUGGAUAUCAGGCCAAUACUCGCUCAAAUAGCUGGAAAUUCAAUUCUAUGUUUAUAUACUAUAUACAUUAUAUACUGGAAUUUCAAUUCUUGUUUAAGUUUUGACCAAUUUGUUGCUGCAUUAAAAAGGUUUACACCUGUAUUAUAAUUCCUGUUAAUUUUGAAUUUUUUUACCAUGUUGCUGGUGCAUGAUUUAGUAUUUUAAUGAUAAAUAACACACUAAAUUUAUAUCUAUGUAUUUAUUUGUUACAUUUUGUUUUACA